GCAAAUAAUUUAUCUGUAUAACAAAAGGCUGGCGGCAUGUUCAUUGCAAAAACAUACCACCGAGACAAAAAAACACUUCUAUAACAAGCUACAAACAUGUCACCAUCAAGAGGUGUCACGGUUGACGAAUCCACUUCUCCUUCUACUUCUCCAGAAUCCCAAUCCCUCAGCGCAACGGAACGAACCGCUCAACUUCGCAGUUCCAGCGCGCUCACCUCUCUCACCCAAAACAUCCAGUACCUCCUCUCCCCUAGUUCCUCCACCUCUCCCAAGCCCGUCCGACUUCGCACCCGAGCUCUUCUUCGUACCCUACACUCAGUAGCUGUCUUCAUAUUCUGGCGCGUAAUACGGUAUGCCAAAUAUGCAGUCGUGGGGUCUAUCGUCGCAGCCUUGUCCGCUACCACUAUUGGAAGUUUUGCGACGGGUAUAGGAUGGGUUGUUGCGCCUACGGGAAUUGUUGGGGUUUUGGGGAUGAGUACUCUGUGGUGGGUUGGCAAAUGGGGUUUUAGUAAAACGAAAAUGGGGAAGAGGUGGGAGAGAAAGGUGGAGGAGGAGGCAGAUAGGCUUGAGAGGGAAGAUCGCGAGACGAGGAAGGAACAGGUAAAGACAGAUGGGCAGUGGAGAGAUGUUACGGGACCGAAGGCUGUGCCGUGGUAGGUCAGUAAGCAAAACCUUCGGAAUUUUAUAGUUUGGAUGCUCUGUACAGAUGGAUUGAAGAGAAAAGUGUGGAUAAGAAGUAGAUAUGUGUAAGAUGCAAAUCAACGUUUUGGCAUUGCAAUUUUACCGUUAA